AUGUUUGAGGAGCAGGUGACCAGGGUGAAGAUCACAUCCCUGCUGAUUCUGGUGGGCAUGGGGUCCAUGCUGGCGGCCGUAUCCACAGACCACUGGGCGGUGCUGAGCCCGCGGGUGGAGCAGCUCAACACCACCUGCCAGGCUGCCUACUUCGGCCUCUGGAGGCUCUGCAAAAAGACCAUCUUCAUGGUGGAGGAGGACCCUGAGUGGAAGGGCUGCGGCCCCAUCAGUCUACCCGGAGAGAAAAACUGUUCAUACUUCAAGCACUUCACGUCGGGGGAAGAGGCAGAACUAUUUGAAGUGAAGACCCAGAAAGAGUACAACAUCUCUGCGGCUGCCAUCGCUAUCUUCAGCCUGGUGUUCAUGACACUGGGCACCCUGUGUGUCAUCUUUUCCUUCGGCAAGGGCAGAGACUACCUGCUGAGACCUGCCGGAAUGUUCUUUGCAUUUGCAGGCCUCUGCAUCAUCAUCUCAGUGGAAGUGAUGCGGCAGUCUGUGAAGCGCAUGAUCGACAGCGACGAGACAAUCUGGUUCGAGUACUACUACUCCUGGUCGUUUGCCUGCGCCUGCGCCUCCUUCACCCUGCUCAUCCUCAGCGGCGUGGCGCUGCUCCUUAUCUCCAUGCCGCACAUGCCGCGUAACCCCUGGGAGACAUGCAUGGACGCAGAGCCGGACACUCUGGACUAG